AUGGAUAAGCAACAUUUUGCUCUCGAUCCAUCCGUAGCAGUCGAUAGAGAGUUUUGUAUUCGACGGAAUAAGGCGUGGACAGAUUGCCCUUAUGUUGAGUUGUCGUCGUUGGAGAAACUUCUUAAUGAGGUCAAUGGUGCGAAAGUGAGAGCAAAUAAGCGAAGUUUGCAAGGAAGACGACGGCUUGCGAAAGUGGAGAUUGCAUACGAGAAAUACGCAUCCUCUCGCUUCAACUCCAAAGCUACUGAG